UUUUUUUUUUUCUUCUUCUUCUUCUUUUCUUCCCUCGUUUUAUUUUAAUACAAGAUGCAGAAACCUAAAGGCCAUGUAGAUAAUCUAUCGAAUGCUCAUUUAACAGAGAGUCAGAAAGAAGCUGGCACAUUGUAAGCACUCUCUCUCUCUUUUAUUUGUCCUAACAGCGAUACAAGAAAAAGGCUAACGUGUAAAAUAAGACUAUUUAAAAAACUCCUGUCCGAUCGCAACAAGACAUUAGAAGAAUUGACUCAAACGCAAUCAAGUCUACAAAAAAAUAUACCCAAAAUAGUGAAAAAACCAAACCUUCCUCGAGCUGCCAUGGCAUUUUCGCUGUUAGAAGACCUUAUAGAUGAAUGUAUAAAUGACGUACUAUUUGAUGUGCACAAGGAUACAAAGCAAGAGAAUUCAGUUUGUCAAAUAUGUCAGACAAAAUGCAAACACUAUGUUAAACGGCCUGGUUUAGAUGUAUGGGGUAAGAGUUAUACUGUGAAUAAUCUUCCGUCUUAUGACUGCGUGAAUUGUCAAAAGACCAUUGCAUCCACAAGGUAUGCACCACAUCUUGAAAAAUGUUUGGGAUUAGCAGGUAGACAAUCUAGUAGAGUGGCAAGCAGAAGAAUGGGUAGUUCUCCCUUUUCAUCUGAUGAUAACCAUAGUCCGGAUAGUGACUAUGACCGUAAUAAGAAAAAGAAACAUCCUUCAUUUUCCAAUGGUGUUUCUAGGGUGAAAAAAUUAAAAUAUAUGGAUUAGAAUUAUAAACAAUGAAUUUUUUUUUUUUUUUUUUUGAUUGCACUGCCUCCUAAGUAAAUAAAUAAACUUUCCUAUUGAAGAGAAC